GGCAGCCGGAGCGCCCUGCCUGUCUCCUCGCUCGUGGGGCAGCCAGUCGGGAGCAGCGGGCAGUCAGGCAGCCGGCCCCUCUGCCCCGGCCAGGGCAACGCGGUCAGUAAACACAAAAGUGAGAGCCACCCAAGGGGCAGCCAAAGCAGGAGGAGAGAAAGAGAAGGGGAAAAAAAAAAAAAAAAGAAAAAAGGAAAAAAGAAAAAAAAAGAAAAAGAAAAAAAGGCAAAAAGGAAAAAAGAGAAAAAAGAAAAUAAAAGGAAAGCGUUCGCUUGCUCGCUCUCUAGAAUAACAAAAUACCUGAUCGUCACAAAAUAGCAUCCUUCAGACAAGAUCAAGCAGGGACUUGACAUACCAAAAAGGCAAGGCGAGGAGAGCGAGCCAGAGCGCGGGGAAGGCGAGCCAAAGCCGCGAUCGCUGUCAGGGCAGGAGAGCAGCAUGUCAAGCGCCGUGGCACACACGGAUGAGCGCUGCCGGCAGCCUGCCUUCCUUCCCGGCCCGCCGCCGCCGCAAGAAGUUGAGAGUAGCAGCGGGAGCGCCAAGGUGCAGAGGAUGUGUGCGGCAAGACGGAUGCUGCUGCUGCUGCUGGCUUUCCUGGCCUAUGCGCUGGAUUCGGCUGCGGCAUAUGGCACAGCGGAGACCCUCUGCGGUGGGGAGCUGGUGGACACGCUGCAGUUCGUCUGUGGGGACAGGGGCUUCUACUUCAGUAGACCGGUGGGACGAAAUAACCGGCGGAUCAACCGGGGGAUCGUGGAGGAGUGCUGCUUUCGGAGCUGCGACCUGGCUCUGCUGGAAACCUACUGUGCCAAGUCCGUCAAGUCCGAGCGUGACCUCUCCGCCACCUCACUGGCGGGCCUGCCGGCACUCAGCAAGGAGAGCUUCCAGAAGCCCUCACAUGCCAAGUAUUCCAAGUACGACGUGUGGCAGAAGAAGAGCUCCCAGCGGCUGCAGCGCGAGGUGCCCGGCAUCCUGCGGGCCCGCCAGUACCGGUGGCAGGCGGAGGGGCUGCAAGCGGCCGAGGAGGCCAGGGCGUUGCACCGUCCCCUCAUCUCCCUGCCCAGCCAGAGGCCCCCGGCGGCACGAGCCUCCCCUGAAACAGCUGGCCCCCAGAAAUGAACCCUGACUGGCCGUCUUGAUUUUUGAUCUCCCAGGGGAGGGCGGGAGGACUAGCAAGACCCGGCCCCCGAGCCCCUCCGUCCCCAGGGCUGCCGAGCCCAGGAGCGGGACAGCGGGGCACCCUCACGCUGCUCCGGCCCCAACCAAACAACUGACACAGCAAGGAGGGGAUUGUGGCGGCGAGCAGCGCCGCUCCCACCACAUCGCCCUUUCGGGGUUGGGGGGGGGGGUUGUUUCGUUUCCCAGGCCUGUUUCGUUCCCCUGUGCCCCCAGUAUUUCCAAGCCUGUACUUGCAAAAGGACAGUUCGGCACUUGAACUUUUUGCUGCCAGGCACUGCGUGACAUCCCUAGUGCCAACGCCAGAAGAAAAAAGAAAGAGCAAGAGGGAAAAAGGAUAUGAAGUUAAAAUUUUUUUUUUAAUCUUCUUUUUCUUGAGAAGAAGAGUCCAUUCCAUGUCUUUCUUGACAAUAAAGUGAAAAAUAAAAAUAAAAUGGGGAGAAAUAUCGAGGAAUAUAAUUUUUUUUUCACCUCAUUCCCACCCCACUUUUUUCUUCUUUUUUUUUUUCUUUUGGUUUUCUUAUUUUUAUAACUUUCUUUUGCACCUUUAGAAGAAAAACGUACCUGAGAAGAAGUUCUGAGGAGCCCCCAUCUGCAUUUUUGUGUGUGUGCUUCAUUACAAGAUUCCAAAUCGACUUGCACCUUUUUGAAAUCAUCGAUGACGUGAGAAAGAGAGGAAGAGGAGAGAGAAAGCGAGAAAGAGAGAAGAAAAAGGAAAUGGGAAAGACGAAAAAAAAGAAAAAAGUGAGCUGAUGCUCACUUUAAAUGGAGGAGGCGUCUGCAUUGCACAUUUGCCACGGAUUUAGUUGAUUUAUAUAUAUAAUAUAUUAUAUAACUUUUUGGCAAAAAAAGCACUAUUUUUAUGGGACAUUUUGUGUAGUAUCUGAAGAAGGAUUGUAAUGUUUAAAAUGUGUUAUGGUGCUAAAGUAAGUUGGAAGGGAAAAAACCCAGAAAUAGCAAGGGAGGGUGGGGAGGGAAGGACAAGAUAGCAAAUACUGAACUUGAAAUUUUAGCUUUUCGUUUUAGGAAAAGUGUGAUAAAUGUGUUUCUUUUCUCUUCUGAAAUAUAGCUUGGUCAUGACCAUAUGAGCUAGUUGGCUGUUACUCAUGUACACAGAUGCACGCACACACAGAAAUACAUCGACACGCGUCCUUUUUUUUUGAAAAAAAAAAAAAAAACAACAAAAACCAAAAAACAAA